AUGAAGAAAGUUAGAGGUGUGGUAGUGCUGGUGAUGUUGUUAUCAUCUUUGUGGUACUCUGAGGACUCCUGGCUCAGGCUCUUUGCUCGAUUUCUGCUGAACUUCCUAGGUUUCAUCUUCUGGGGCACUGCUGCAGCUCUGGCCUUUGGUGGAGUUUGGUGGAUCCUCAUGUGCAAGGACUAUGGAUAUUUAUUUCAGGAAUUUUUCUUGUCUCUGCCUGGCUGUCUGGCUGUUGCAGCUGCAAUUAUCUUGCUACCUACUGGAGUUUUGGCUAUCUCUGUUUCUGCUAAGUGUUCCCGCUCUAAGCAAGGGACUCUCAUGUACUUGCUGCUGGUCCUUCUUUGCCUAGAAAUGUCUUUGGCAGUUCUGGCACAUAUCUACUCUGUUUGGAUGGCUUCUGAGCUGAAAAGCUCUAUAGGUUACCUUGUCUAUCACUACAAUGCAACACACUCCCAGGCUCCUGGCAACAGCACUAUGGAUGUGGUACAGAGGAAGCUGCAGUGUUGUGGGGCCCAAAACUACACAGACUGGCUAAAGGAAGCAGCUGCUUCUUGGCAUCUUCCAGCUGAAAAAGCUUAUGUACCUCAAAGCUGCUGUAAGGAGGAGUAUUCUCACUGCAGGGGUGACUUAGGCCAUCUGGAGCAGUUUUUUCAGGAAGGCUGUCUAAAGAAGCUGGAAGACCAGUUGCAUUUUGUCAUGUUCUACAUGUUUUGGUGCUGUAUUGUGGUAAGUGUCUUGGAGCUGUUGGCUGGUGUCAGCAAUGGCAUCCUCAUGAAGCAUCAGCCUUUCCACAACCUCCGAUUUCUGGAGUCAUCUAACUUCUUGUAG